CUUGCUUCACUGGUGGCACAGUAAGCUAUUAAAAAAAAAAGAUAGAAGCAGAGUGCGUCCACGCACUUUAUCCAUUGCUCGCUUGUUCGUCGUUGAGUGAACUCGCUUUUUGAUUUGGAUAUUUCCGCGAGUUUUUUUUAUUUAAUAAGAAUAAAAAUGACGACCGCAAGCGUUUUGCUCACCGUGAGCACUACGUGGUCCGCCAACAAUGACAUUUGCGAGAAAGAGGAACGCGUUGGUCGGUGUCUCAAGAACAUAGCGGAAGUAGCAGCGCACGAACUGAGGGAAACUCCAGCGACUAAAGAACAAGCCAUACGUAUCAUGCGAGACUGGAUACAAAAAAAUAACGACAUAAAAAAUAUUAGACAAGAUGAAUCAUUUUUACUACGUUUUCUUCGCCACAAGAAAUACAGCAUACCGAUGGCUCAACAAACACUUUUGAAAUAUUUGAGCUUAAAAAAGUAUUACCAUGAUAUUUUCACCAAUUUGGACUGCGAAGAUCCUAAGAUAAAGGAGAUUCUCGAUAACGGGUACAUAGCCGUUUCGCCGGUUAGAGACAGCAAGGGUCGUCGGGUCAUCGUUUACAACAUGGGUAAAUUUGACGCGACCAAAUUUGGCUGUUGGGAUAUGUGCAGGGCACAUAUGAUAGUAUACGAGGCAUUGAUGGAAGACCCAAUCGACCAGAUUUUCGGUUUUACACACGUGGGCGAUGGUUUCGGAAGUACGACAGCGCAUGUGACUACUUGGAAUCCUGUUGAUUUCGCGCGUCUCAUCAAGUGGGGCGAGCAAUCAGUACCAAUGCGUCACAAAGAAUUCCAGCUUGUCAACGUUCCGGCAGCCCUAAAAUAUAUCAUCGACUUUGCAAAAUCAAAAGUUUCAACAAAAAUAAGCGAGAGAUUGCAUAUUUACACAAGCAUUAAGAAUCUGCAUAAUCACGUAGAUGUCGCGUGUCUGCCGACAGCUUAUGGAGGACAUAUACCUUUACAAGAUAUGAUUGAAUAUACAAGGAAUCUGUUGGUGGAGAAGAGACAGAUGACACUUGCGCUAGACAAAAUGGAAAUAAUUAGUACUGCGGGAAUUAUCUCCUCAAGAAACCCAACAAACACUAAAGGCAAUGGCGUGUCAAUCGAGGGCAGUUUUAGAAAGUUAGAAAUAGAUUAACUGUGAUGCGUAUAAUUAGACUAAUUUAGAUUUUCUAAGCAUUUACGUAAUAUAUGUAGGUUAAGGAAUACAGGUGUAUAUGAAAUCUGGGAAGACUAUAUUAUAUUUUCGUAUGAUUUUCGAUGAACUUUAUAAAGGUGUUUAACUUAAGUGUCUUUGGAAAUAUUAGGGUAUAAUUGGAAAUUAAAAUCCUGGCAAAAUGUC